GCUGCAUAGAUAGUUGCGGCUCGUUCGCGUGUCCAGUGAUUUAAUUUCGGAACCAAGAAAAUGUCAAAGUUACCCUGCAGCUACGAUGCGGAGAAGCGGAUCUGGAAGGGCAUCCAGAUGAGAUGUGACUACAAGCCCGACACCUCUCUGGGAAAGAUCAUCUUCAAGAACAUGAGGAAUUGGCCAAAGAACGUCUGCCAGAUCUCGGACACUGAGGAGGUGGAAGUCACCUUCCAGCAGGCCCUCCCCUGGGCUAUACGCAUUGCCCAGCAGCUGAAGAAACGUGGCUUGACGCACACCGAUGUCAUCGGCAUCAGUGCCAAGAACACCACCUACGUGAUGCCCACAGCUGUGGGAUGUCUCUUCAAUGGCACACCCUUCCAGUCGGUGAAUCCAGUGCUUGAAGAAUCAACCAUCAAGCAUCUGUAUACUAUCUCAAAGCCCAAGCUGGUCUUCUGUGAUGCUUCCAACUAUGACAAACUAUAUUCGGCCACCUCUGAUUUCAAGCCAGAAAUCAUAACCCUAACGGGUACCGUCGAGGGAGUGCUCACAAUUCAGGAUCUGCUGGAGCCCACCAAAACGGAAUUCUUUUACCAGCCGGAACCUCUGAAGGCGGGACCAAACCAGACCCUGGCCAUCCUGACCUCUUCGGGCACCACGGGAAUGCCCAAGGCUGUGUGUGUAGCCAACGAGAUUCUCAUCCAAGAGACAACUUUUGUGAAUGGUUUCGACACCAUCUUCAUUUCGGCCAGUCUGGACUGGAUCACUGGUCUGUGGGCCUGCAUCUUCAGCACCGUGAAUGGCUGCACCCGCAUCAUCAGCAGCAAGCCCUUCAGCCCCGAUUACUUUGUGUAUCUGGUGGAGAAGUACAAGAUCACCUAUGCCCUCAUUCCACCGGAGCACUUCUGCUCCCUGGCCGACUGCCCCGAGGCGACACCCGAGGCUCUCGCCAGUCUGACGAAGUUCAACUUCGGCGGCGGCCGCAUGUCUCAGGCCACGCUGCAGCGCAUCCAGUCGCUGGCCAAGAACGCCAUCUUCAACUCCGCCUACGGCAUGACGGAGGUGGGCUUCAUGGUCUUCAACCACGGCCAUGCCAAGCUGACAGCCGCGGGCAAUCCCUUGCCCAACAUGCAGCUCCGCAUUGUCGACGAUAAUGGCAUCAAUCUGGGAUACAACCAGACGGGCGAGAUCUAUGCCCACAAUGGGUACGUGUGGAACGGCUACUAUGGCGAUCCGGAGGCCACUCGUGUGAUGCAGGAUGAAGAUGGCUGGUUCCACACCGGGGACAUGGGCUACUUUGACGAGGACGACUUCUUGUACAUCACCGACCGCAAGAAGGAGGUGCUCAAGUGGAAGGGUCUUCAGUUCUGGCCCACCGAGGUCGAGAACGUCAUCCUCGAGCUGCCGGAGGUUAAGCGCGUCUGUGUCGUGGGCAUCUACGACGAGACCCAGGGCGAUGCCGGCGGUGCCCUGAUUGUAAGGGAGGCGGACACCAAUAUUACCGCUCAGCAAAUCAUAGACCAUGUGGCCAAGCGUCUGCCCGACACUCAGAAGCAGCUCCGCGCCGGAGUCCAGUUCGCAGAAGAGAUCCCCCAGAAUCAUAACGGCAAGGCUGUGCGCCGCUAUGCCCGCGAUCUGUUCCUGGCCCUCUCCAAAAAAUGAACACCAGCAAGGACCACUGUGGAAUAAUUCAUACUACUAUCCAUUAUAUAUAUUUGUUAAGUUAGAGGAACUAUAAUGCAUUUGAUUGCGA